AUGCCCCUGCCGACCUACACCAGGGACAGGUCCUCCCUCCUGCGAUGGGACGAAGUGCCCGAUGAUUUCGUGGAGUGCUUUAUAUUGUCCGGCUACAGGAGGCUGCAUCUGACCGCCCAGGAGUGCCUAGCAUCCAUCUUCCAGCCCACCAACGAGACCCUCAAUUUCUGGACACACUUCAUCCCCCUGGUGCUGUUCGUCAGUAAAUUCUACCAGCUGUUCUUCCUCUCCAGCGAUCUACCGUUUAACCACCCUGCCCUGCUGCCCCUGUGGUGCUAUGCCUCCGGAGUGCUGCUGACAUUUGCUAUGAGUUGCACAGCCCAUGUGUUCAGCUGCCGCUCCCUGCGCCUGCGUGCCGCCUUCUUCUUCCUGGACUAUGCCUCCAUCAGCUACUACGGCUUCGCCAGCACAGUGGCUUAUUACUACUACCUGCUGCCCAGGCUCGAACUGCUCGAUCCCACCGUCAUGACCCCUUACCUGCAGAGCCUGGGCUGGCAGCGGGUGGAUUACAACAUGCUCCUGGGUCUGUACAGCGAGCUGGUGCUCCCCGUGGCUUUUGUCCUAGCGGUGACGUGCACCGUGGCGUGCUGCAAGAGCCGCUCGGAGGAUUGCUCCUACCCGUUCGCCAUCCGCACGUUUGUCUUCGCGAUGCCCCUGAGCAUGGCGUGCCCGGUCAUGAUCGAGAGCCUGCUGUUUGACCUGGGCAGGAAGAACCCCACUCUCUUCGUGUAUUUUUACCGGAGAUAUUUCUGGCUGCUGGUGGCAGCCUUCUUCAAUGUCAGUAAGAUCCCGGAGAGGAUCCAGCCGGGCUUGUUUGACAUUAUAGGACACAGCCACCAGCUCUUUCACAUUUUCACCUUCCUUAGUAUUUAUGAUCAAAUGCACUAUGUGGAGCAGGGGCUAGAACAGUUCCUCAAAGCACCGCACACCUCCCCGACUUUGCAGGGAACAAUGGGGUACAUGGUGCUCCUGACUGUAUGCCUGGGCUUUGUAGUAAGAAAAUACAUGAAAGGACUGUCCAACACCAAACAGGACUAAAGACAACUAGGGUGAUGAGUCCUGCCAGGGUGCAACCCGAGGCAUGUGCCCGUCCGGGGGGUUUCUUAUAAUAAGGGCAUUAUCUAGUGCAGCCAUU